AUAAGUAAUAGUUAUAAAGUUUUUAAGCAAGAAAAAAAAUGGGAUUAAAGGUAUUUAUGCUUUUAAGCCUUGCUUUGGCUAUUUUAGUAAUUUUAACAUCAGAGGUUGCAGCUAGGGAGUUGGCUGAGAGCUCCACCAAUACUGUGGAAAUCACAAAGAAAUCUGAGAAGGAAAAUGAGAUAAAUGACGCUAAAUAUCCGGGAGGAGGAUACCCUGGAGGAGGUUAUGGAGGGUACCCUGGAGGCGGAUAUGGAGGGUACCCAGGGCGGUGGUAUGGAGGGUACCCAGGGCGGUGGUAUGGAGGCGGGUAUCCUGGAGGCGGAUACUGCCGCUAUGGUUGCUGCCGGAGGAAUUACUAUGGUGAUGGUUGCUAUAGGUGUUGUUAAGUACCCAGAAGAAAGGUAAAACUAUAAAGUCACUCAACUAAUAAUAAGUAAUAUGUAUUGUGUGUUUAGUAGUAUAUUAAUAUAUAGUUUUAUUGAAUAAAUGAUUUGCAAAGGUCGAGGGUCUAUUUAGAAUAAUUUUUCUAUUCUAUAAAAAUAGAAAUAAAGUCGGCGUAUUCCAUCUUUUUUGGCCAUCACUUGUGAGGGUAUAUGUUGUUGUUAGUUUUAUUAAAUAAAUGUAUCCUCCAUUCACGUA